AAUGAGUUAGUUUUAAAGAAUGAAUAGAAAACUUGAUGAAGGUUGGAAAUUAACUACUAUGGUAUGUGAAUGCAAAGCAACAUUAUUAAUAUUUCUUGAAAACAGAAAUUUAUAUUGUCCUAAAUGUGAUAUCAUUACUUAAGAUUAAGUGAUUUUAGAUUAAGACUCUUAAGACACAAAAAUUAAAACAAAUCAAAAUGGAUCAGAAUCAAAACCAGAGAUUAUUCAAAAAAAAAAUAGUAAAGAUUAUGAUUCAGAUGAUUUCUAUUUUGGUGAUUAGGUAGAAGAUUUUAAUUAGAGAUUUUUUUAAAAUAAAGCAGCUGCUGAUGAAGCAUCCAAAAAAAUAGGUUAAUUACUUUUAUAAGGAUGGACUAUGCUAGGUGAGUCUUGUAUAGUAUGUUUAUAACCAAUCAUGAAGAGUAAAUAAGGACUUAGAUUAUGUGUCUAAUGUAAUAAAGAAGAACGAACAGGUUAACCCAAAGUAUAAGAAGUAAAAUCUAAUAUAACACAAGAAAAGGAUACUGUUUAAAUGGCUGUCUAAUAACUCUAGUAACAAAAUAUUUAAAUUUAAUAAAAAAAAUAAAUUAGUGAACCUGCACAUUAACCAUAAUUAGAAUAGAAAAUAGAUAACAUUAAAUAUGAUAUAUCUAAUAUAACUAGAUCUAAAGAAGAUGCUCAAAUAUUAAUUACAUCUCAGUUGAA